CUCCAUCUCUUGCACAUAUUUCUCCUGUCCUUCACACAAAGUGUAGCUCUGCUAUCUUGCUCCAAAGGACUGAAAGAAAGAUGGUGCCAAACGGAGCUCUGUUUCUUCUCCUCACCUGCUUUUCGGGCCUGGUUCAUGGCGAGGUUGCUGCAAACUUUAGCAGCUGUCUUGAGUUCUUCUACAGAAACGAACCACCCAAAGGCAUCACUGGACCAGAGUAUCGGCAUAUCUGCCAGUUGUACCGUAACGCCUACCGCUUUGCCACCCUCUACGACUCAAAGUAUCGGACACCGCUGUACUCUGCCUAUAAACUCCACAGCCCAGAUGGGAAGAGACCUAAACCUGAAUGGAUGAUUGAGCCUCAGUUGGCAAACAGCAAAGGUAACAAAAAUAUGAUGUACAUCGAAAACCCAGAUCAAAAUGUGAAGGAGAGCCAGGCCGUGAAUGAUGACUACAAACACUCCGGCUAUACCAGAGGCCAUCUCGCCCCCAGCAGCCACCAAGCGACAAUGGACGAUCGGAAUGCCACUUUUACCCUGACAAACAUCGUUCCUCAAACAGCUACCUCCAAUAACCAGGACUGGAGCAAGUUUGAACAGAAGAUGUCGGCCAGAUUUAAAAAUGUCUGCAAAGAUAAAUUGUAUGUAAUUACCGGGAUCAUCCCUUAUAAGUCAGGAGAGCACAAAAUCAAAGAUAGGGUGUUCAUUCCCGAGUACAUAUGGUCUGCUUACUGCUGCGACGACAAUAAUGUUGGACAGGAUCAGGGAAAAUACUUCCGCACUUACGCUGCUGUGGGAAGAAACGAUCCCAACAGUGGAGAUGAUGUGGUGGAGAAAAAGAAAUCAGGCUAUGAUGUUAAGGAGAUGCCCUUAGAGGAACUGGAGCUGAUCCUGAAAAAGAAGCUAAACAUGAACAUAGCUCUGUUUGAUGGGCACUGUGGAGCUAAGUAGCAAGAAGCUCAAUUUAUUCCAGAACAAAAGUGGAGCAUUUUUACUGAUGGAAAAUGAUGAUGGUUUUUCAAUGUAUUCUUUGCAUCAUCUUUUAAUAAAGCAUUUCUUGGCAUGAA